GUGCAUGAGGGUCGAGUAUAUAUCUAUCGCCUUUGUCCACUACAACAAUCAGUAUCCUCACGGUGCUUCAUCUUAAUAACACUCAUUCCUACUCCUUUCGCUUGUUUAGUUGAAUAAGGUGCCAUUCGUUAGGCCUUGUUCACUUUCAAGUCUAUCCUUCGUUACUUCUCAACACUACAUAAUCAACAUCACUUCUUACGUUCUUUUUGGAUCGCAUAUCUUCUUUCCAUUCUCCCAUACGAUUCAAGUCUCAUUCGGAUUAGAAUCGCUAUGAGGACCACGUACACUCUCCUCGUUACUGGGCUCGCUGCCCAGCAGGUCGCAGCGACCUGGAACUACUACGACAACUUCAAGACGCCGCAGUACAACGACAAUGAAUGUAGCGACAAGCAGAAGAGCGGCUUCGACUGGUCGGAUCUCAAGGAUGGCGACCAGGACUUCUCCUAUGGAGACUUUGAUUUCUCCGGCGGAUGGAGCUGCUCCAGCUCCUUCGGCAAGCGUGAUCAUGUCACCAAGAGGACCUUUGGCAACAAGGUCAUCAAGAACUACGUCCGCAAGGACAAGCCUGCUUCCUUUGGCUGCGGACAGCGCAAGUCUGGAUUCUCCAUUACCGACAUCGAUGUGAGCGUCGAGUUCGACGUUGAUCUCGAGCUGCACUACACCAUGACCGAUGGAUCCAAGUGCAAGAGCUACAGCCCAUGCUCCGCAGGCGGCUCCACGAUCAAGAACACCCAGUGCGGUGGUGCCAAGUCGGUUGACGUCUAUCUUGGUGCUCACUACAAGGGUGAGAAGAAGGAGUGCGAGAUCGGUUUCCACCACAUCGGCUUCGACUGCAACCCCGGAAAGGGAUACACCCCACCGCCUCCCCCAGAGGUCCCCGUCUGCCACAAGUGCCAGGAGAAGUCUACCAGCGUGGCCACCCCGCCACCAACCGAGUCUACGGCUACCCCCAAGGUCUCGACGCUUUCUUCAGCUACCCCUUACUCCAGCGGUUCGCCCUACACCAACAGCUCUGCUUCAGCUUCUCCCCCACCCCCUACGCAAAAGACCACUGUCGUGCCUCCCCCAAGCCGCGAGAGCAGCACCGUGACCCCUCCCAAGGAGAGCUCCGGUGUUCCAUCGCCACCUCCUUCCAGCAGCGGUUACCCAGUUCCCAUUACGAGCUCCGCUUCUUCCACUGGUCCUAAGCCUUCUACCCCAGCCUACCCUCCCGCGUCCCCACCUGAUGUGCUCCCCAAGUGCAUGAACACAUGGCUCGCAAUCGACGCGUCUUGCAAGAACAAUGCCGACAAGAGCUGCUACUGCGUCAACCCUGAAUUCACCAAGAACGUCAUCGACUGCGUCUCGGCUCGCUGCGACACUGACGAGGAGACCAAGAAGGCGCUCCAGUACCUCAUCGGUAUCUGCGCAGACUAUGUCCCCAAGAACCCCAAGAUCAUCGAGGACUGCCCGCCGUACAUUCCCUUGAACCCGGCUCCUGCUCCUACACCCUCUGCUGGUGUCCCCACGCCUUCUGCUGGUGUUCCCACACCUUCUGCUGGUGUCCCUACGCCUUCUGCCGGUGUUCCAGGAACCACACCCUCUGCCUACGUCCCAGGCAAGCCUGCUCCUCCACCUUCUGCCGGUGUGCCAGGAAAGCCCGCGCCUCCACCUUCUGCCGGCGUGCCAGGCACCGUCACCGCCACCGCUCCUGGAUCCAGCGUGACUCCCGCACCCCCUGCGCCACCAGCCCCCGAAGUGCCAUGCACCACCAUCACCUACGGAACGACCUCGCUCACUGUCCCCCAAGUCCACUUCACCACCCAGACCCCCGCGGUUACGGGCCCGAAGCCCACGGAGCCAGUAGGUCUUGUUCCCGGACCGCCCCAGACCCCCGCCGAGACUACCGGUGGUGGCGCUCCUUAUCCCGUUCCUACCACGCUGGGCACCAAGCCCGUUCCCGCUGGUACAGGCACUGGAGCGUACCGCCCCUCGGCGCCAGCUGAGUUCACCGGUGCAGCAUCGUCUCUGCACUUCGCACCCCAGGGUGCCUUGUUCGGCGCGGCGCUCGCCUUCUUCGCCUUGUAAAUGUCUACUUUUCCGACUGAAGUGUGUUAAUAAGACCAUAUUUCCCUUUCUCUUUUGUUGUUGUUUGAACAUGCAUUGUUUUGCGGGUGGGGGAAAUGCAACGCCUUUCGUAAUAAGUCCUCUGUAAAGGCAUUUCCUUUUGGGAUAUUCAUCACAUAGUACAAUAUAUGAACCGAGUUCCACACCAAGAUGUCCACGUUC